AGUUUAUCUCCGUUAGCGAUAGUUUAUGGUUCGUCUCAUCUAACUAUUUUUACUGUUACACACUACCGGCGAUAGUUCUUAAGCUAGAUCCUAAUCGCUAUGAUACCUGGUUGCUGAUGUUUACGGUGACUGUUAAGGCGAUUUACAUGGGACAUGGCUACUGUCAAAGUAACUGAACAAAAAGUUAUUCUUUGCGGUGAAUAUGGUGUCGGUAAAACGUCUAUAUUCAGGCGAUUUGCAAACAAUACUUUCGUAACAAACAAUGAUCGAAAAUCGACACUUGGUCUCGAUAAUAUCGACAAAGAAUAUAUAGUCGACGAUAGACGAAUACGUUUACAAUUAUGGGAUACUGGAGGUAUGGAAAGAGUAGCUUCUGUAACAUCAAGUUACUAUAAAUUUGCAGAAGCAGCUAUUCUGGUAUUUGCUUUAGAUAAUUCAACAUCUUUUCAUCUUUUAUCUCAACAUUUAUUAGAUAUAGUUACGUAUGCAGAAAAUGCUAAGAUUUUUCUAUGUGGUAAUAAAAGUGACUUAGAAGGUGUUACUCCGCAAGUUACGGAUGCGGAAAUGGAACAAUUUUGCGAACAAUGUCAUAACUUAAUCUCUGGGACUUAUAAAACGUCUUGUAAAACUGGAGAAGGAAUAAAUGAAAUGUUUGAAGACAUAGCACAACAUUUAGUUGAAGCUAAUCGAUCUCGAAUGGAACUUCAUGAAAUGGACAAGGAUCGUUUUAAAAUUUCUUAUAUCGAUGAAGCUACUGACCCAUCAUGUUUAUGUUAAAAACAAAAUGAAUAACAACGAACGAACUUUUAAAGUUUUUUUUUUAAAAAACGAAGGAAUUGAAUUAGAUUUCACAUCAGGUGUAUAUGACGAGAAACGAAUAGGGCAGAACAGGUAUUUAAAAACAUUAAAGUAGAAAUUUUAUAUGCGUAAAAAUUAGGAAUAAAUUUAAGAUCCUCGAUAGUAACAAUUUCUACCAAUUUAAAUUUUAUUAUAUGAUGAUAUUAAUUUUAAAUAACCAAGCUUUAACUCUACAACUUACUAACUGUGCAUUUUUGUACAUUUUAUUUUGCUUAUCCAUAUACGAGCCAUCUAAGUCACACAUUGAUAAAAAUAUCUAAUGCUGAGUCCAUUUGAUAGUAUUUAAAUCGAUUCCAUCUUCCACCAUCUCCCACAGGGGACUGUAAAGAACAAAUUUUGUACUUGAAGUAAUCUUAAUUUUUGACCUGGAGUCAACAUAAUUCAAUUGUUAAAAACACGUCCAACAAUGAAUCUAUCUCAUCCAGCGAAUAAGGAUAUUAUUUAUACUCGUGUAUUUUUUGCCAUUGCGAAUGAUUUGCUUAUAAGAAAUAAUGUAAAUUAAUCAUGCUUUUACAUUAAAUAAAAAUUUAUACUAUGA